AAACGGGUAUCAGUCCCCAGCAAGGAAGAAAGAAAGCUUAACCUAAGAAAAAUAGAAGCAGGAGGCAGCCACCCUCCUUUCCUCUCAAUUCAACCAAUUCGAUUGGUUGAUUCAUUCACUCUCCAACGUAACAUACUCUUCCAUUCGCAAACACUCGAUUUCCUUUGAAACUUUCAUUCAUAUUCCAUCCACUACACAUACAUACAUUCACACAUACACACAAGAGAAAUGGGCUGGGAAGGUGCAACCGGGCAGCGAAUUGCGGUGUCAUGGCUGAUCGGCGGCCUUGUAAUUGGGUUAUCCGUGCUAGGUUUCCGCCGCCUUGCUUUGCCGCACUAUAAGAAGAAGAAGAGGCCAAUUAGGGUGUACAUGGACGGCUGCUUCGACAUGAUGCAUUACGGCCACUGCAAUGCCCUCCGUCAGGCCCGUGCUCUCGGCGACCAAUUGGUCGUCGGCGUUGUCAGCGACGCCGAGAUUAUCGCCAACAAGGGCCCUCCCGUUACUCCUCUCGACGAGCGGAUGAUCAUGGUUAGUGGUGUUAAAUGGGUGGAUGAGAUUAUCCCUGAUGCUCCCUAUGCUAUCACCGAGGAGUUCAUGAAAAAGCUGUUUGAUGAGUACAACAUUGAUUACAUUAUCCAUGGGGAUGAUCCUUGCAUGCUUCCGGAUGGGACUGAUGCGUAUGCCCUUGCUAAGAAGGCUGGCCGUUAUAAGCAGAUAAAGCGCACGGAAGGGGUUUCGAGCACUGAUAUUGUUGGUCGUAUGCUUCUCUGUGUGAGAGAGAGGUCAGCUGGGGACAGCAAUAGCCACUCAUCUCUGCAGCGACAAUUCAGCAGCAAUGGGCGCUCAACUCUGCAGCGACAAUUCAGCCAUGGUCGCAACAACAAAUCAGAAGAUGGUGUCUCUGGUAGUGGGACACGGAUAUCUCAUUUUCUACCCACCUCUCGCAGAAUUGUCCAAUUCUCGAAUGGCAAGGGGCCUGGACCUGAUGCUCGUAUAAUUUACAUAGACGGUGCAUUUGAUCUUUUCCAUGCCGGACAUGUGGAGAUACUAAGGCUUGCCCGAGGGCUUGGUGACUUUCUUCUUGUAGGCAUCCAUACCGACCAUAAUGUCAGUGCAAAAAGAGGACGUCACCGUCCAAUUAUGAAUCUUCAUGAAAGAAGCUUGAGUGUACUGGCUUGCCGAUACGUGGACGAGGUUAUAAUCGGUGCCCCAAUGGAGGUGUCAAAAGAUAUGAUUACAACUUUCAACAUCUCUUUGGUUGUGCAUGGAUCUGUUGCUGAGGAUAAUGAUUUUCAGAAGGAGAAGGAGAAUCCUUACGAAGUUCCUAACAGUAUGGGUAUUCUUAAGCUCUUGGAAAGUCCUCUGGAGAUUACAACCAGCACGAUAAUCAAGAGGAUCGUAUCGAACCAUGAUGCAUACCAGAAACGGAAUGAGAGAAAAGCUGAAAGUGAGAAAAGAUAUUAUGAAGAGAGAGCUUUUGUGACAGGAGAUUGAUUAACUGUUAGAAUCUGGAAAGAUUUGAUUUCAGGUGGAGAAUACUUGGGUUGACUUGAUGCUAAGUGGACAUUCUUGCUUCACAAUAAAGAGGAUCCUCUCAUCACUGAUGUUUUUGUCUACUUGUAUUUUUCUUUUGAAAGAAUUUGAAUUUGGUAGAAGCUGUAGAACAGGGCAAUCAAUAUCACUAUGACAUGUAGCAAACAACAGAAUACUUAAACUUUGAUGAAUAUCUUAACUUUGCUGAA